GGGGAAGUUGUGCUUGUAUUUGUUUCCGGGUGUGUCUCAAUAUUUAUCCCAGAAACAGGAACUUCGCCAGGGCCGCGCAGCACAUUCGUAUCCUAACUCGCCCCUCGGGGACGGCGGGCAGCUCUCCCGCGGGCGCCGGCUGCCCCGGGGUCUGAGGAGCGGCACCCCGGAGGAGCGGCACCCCGGAGGAGCGGCCAAGGCGGGUCUUCGGCGCCCGGCGCUCCUGGAGGCUUCCCGAACUCGCAGCCAGGGCUCCCCUCCUCCAGCGCCUCGCAGCGGCGGUCGCGGCGGUCACGCGACCUCUGAGGCGUUCCCGCCGAGAAGGGAGGCGAAGCUCGGGGUGCAGACAGCCUCGAGCGCCGCGGCUGCUUUUCAGGGCCCUCCGCUGGAGGGAGCGCGGAGCCCACAGGGAUGUGCUUUUCCGGAGGCCCCGGGGAGCCCGGUCCGCAAAGCCCCGGGAAAGUCUGAGCGGGGGAGCCACGCAGUCCGGGUUGGCACGGCUGCGCUUGUCGCCGCGCGAGGCUGAUGACUGUGGAGGGGCACGCAGCACAUGGGGGCCACCUUCCCCUCCAGCCUGGCCUCAACGCCGGGAGGCCCAGCCCGGCUCCCCUGUGCACGACGUGCUUCCCCACCCCGCGCAGGAGGCACACAUGUUCACCCCACUUUCUUCCUCUUCCUCCUCCAGCCCACUUUCUCUUCUCUGUGUCGUCAGAGCUCCAGGGAGGGACCUGGGUAGACGAGAAGCCGGAAACAGCAGGCUGAGCCACUGCUUGCACUGGGGAGGACGGCCAGGAGAGGACCGUGUGUGUGUGUGUGUGUGUGUGUGUGUGUGUGUGUGUGUGUGUGUGUGUGUGUGUGUGUGUGUGUGUGUGUGUGUUGUUUUUUACUUUUUGGUGGUGGUGGUGGUGGUGGAGGGGAGUGCUAGCAGGGCCAGCCCUGAACUCACCGGACAGAGCUACAGACCCAUGGGACUAGGCAGUGGCCGCUGAGAGAGGGAGAAGACCGAAGAGGGGUGCUGAGUUUCAGUUAUCUUCAGUAAACCACAGUCUGCAAACAUCAAACUGAAACCACCAGAAAUAAACAAUUCUUAAGUUGCACCCAUCCAAACGCCAGAUCAUGUCUCUGUGGAGUCUGGUCUCCAAGAUGUCCCCAGAAAAACUACAGCGGCUCUAUGUGGACUUUCCUCAGCACCUGAGGCAUCUCUUAGGUGACUGGCUGGAGAACCAGCCUUGGGAGUUCCUGGUCAGCUCAGACGCCUUCUGUUGCAACGUGGCAAGCACCCUGCUUUCAGCCACCGUCCAGCGUCUUCAGGCUUCUGCAGGAGAGCAGGGAGAGGGAAGCACCGUCUUACAGCACAUCAGCACCCUGGAGAGCAUAUAUCAGAGGGACCCCCUGAAACUUGUUGCCACUUUCAGACAAAUACUUCAAGGAGAGAAAAAAGCUGUUAUGGAACAGUUCCACCACCUGCCAAUGGCCUUCCACUGGAAGCAAGAAGAACUCAAGUUUAACACAGCCCUGCAAAGGUUGCAGCACCGAGCUGGGGAGAUCCGCCUUCUCCGAGAAGCCUUGCAUCAGGGGACUGAAGCUAGACAAGUGUCCCUGCACAGCUUGAUAGAUACUUCUGCCAAUGGAACCGGGCCAAGUGAGGCGCUGGCCACGCUGCUGCAGGAGACCAUUAGGGAGCUGGAGAUGGCUCAGACCCUGCUGCUGAAGAGGAUCCAGAUUUGGAAACGGCAGCAGCAGCUGGCGGGGAAUGGUGCACCCUUUGAGGAGAGCCUGGCCACGCUCCAGGAAAGGUGUGAGAGCCUGGUGGACAUUUAUUCCCAGCUACAGCAGGAGGUAGGGGCAGCUGGUGGGGAGCUUGAACACAAGACCCAGGCAUCACUGAUUAGGCGGCUGGAUGAAGUCCUGCAGACCCUCGUCACCAGAUCUUUCCUGGUGGAGAAGCAGCCCCCCCAGGUUCUGAAGACCCAGACUAAGUUCCAGGCCGGAGUUCGGUUCCUGCUGGGCCUGCGGUUCCUGGGUGCUCCAGCCAAACCUCCACUGGUCAGGGCCGACAUGGUGACCGAGAAGCAGGCAAGGGAGCUGAGCAUGCCCCAGGGGCCUGGGGCAGGAACAGAGAGCACCGGGGAGAUCAUCAACAACACGGUGCCGCUGGAGAACAGCAUUCCCGGGAACUGCUGCUCUGCCCUCUUCAAGAACCUGCUCCUGAAGAAAAUCAAGCGAUGUGAGCGGAAGGGCACCGAAUCUGUCACUGAGGAGAAGUGUGCGGUGCUCUUCUCCACCAGCUUUGUGCUUGGGCCCAACAAACUCCUUAUCCAGCUCCAGGCCCUGUCUCUGCCCCUGGUGGUCAUUGUCCAUGGCAACCAAGACAACAAUGCCAAAGCCACUAUCCUGUGGGACAAUGCCUUCUCUGAGAUGGAUCGUGUGCCUUUUGUGGUGGCUGAGCGCGUGCCCUGGGAGAAGAUGUGUGAAACGCUGAACCUCAAGUUCAUGGCUGAGGUGGGGACCAGCCGGGGACUGCUCCCAGAGCACUUCCUCUUCCUGGCCCAGAAGAUCUUCAAUGACAACAGCCUGAGCAUGGAGGCCUUCCAGCACCGUUCUGUGUCCUGGUCACAGUUUAACAAGGAGAUCCUGCUGGGCCGGGGCUUCACCUUUUGGCAGUGGUUCGAUGGUGUCCUAGACCUCACCAAACGCUGUCUCCGGAGCUACUGGUCAGACCGGCUGAUCAUCGGCUUCAUCAGCAAGCAGUACGUCACCAGCCUCCUUCUCAAUGAGCCCGACGGAACCUUCCUGCUCCGCUUCAGUGACUCAGAGAUCGGAGGCAUCACCAUUGCUCAUGUCAUCCGGGGCCAGGAUGGUUCCCCACAGAUAGAGAACAUCCAGCCAUUCUCUGCCAAAGACUUGUCCAUUCGUUCACUGGGAGACCGAAUUCGGGAUCUCGCUCAGCUCAAAAACCUCUACCCCAAGAAACCCAAGGAUGAGGCUUUCCGGAGCCACUAUAAGCCUGAACAGAUGGGUAAGGAUGGCAGGGGUUAUGUCCCAGCUACCAUCAAGAUGACUGUGGAAAGUACAUGUGCACCUUCUCUUCUCAGGGACCAGCCCCUUCCCACCCCAGAGCUCCAGAUGCCUGCCAUGGUGCCCUCUUAUGAUCUUGGAAUGACUGCUGAUCCCUCCGUGAGCAUGCAGCUUGGCCAAGAUAGGAUGCCCCAGGUGUACCCCCCACAUUCUCAUUCCAUCCCGCCGUAUCAAGGCCUCCCCCAAGAAGAGUCGGUCACGGUGCUCUCAGCCUUCCAGGAGCCUCAUCUGCAGAUGCCCCCUCGGCUCAGCCAGAUAAGCCUGCCCUUUGACCAGCCUCACCCCCAGAGCCUGCUGCCUUGCCAGACUCAGGAGCAUGGCGUAGACGUGAGCAUGGAUGAAGACAGCUGCCUAACCCAGCCAGUGGGAAGAUACCACCAGGGCACUUGGGUUGAUGAAGACAUGUUCCCUGCCCUGCUGCCUCCCACUGAACAGGACCUCACCAAGCUCCUUCUAGAAGGCCAAGGGGAGGCCGGGGGAGGGUCCUUGGGAGCCCAGCCACUGCUGCAGCCCUCCUCCUACGGGCAGUCCGGGAUCUCUAUGUCCCAUCUGGACCUAAGAGCCAACCCCAGUUGGUGAUCCCAGCUGGAGGAUGAGCCCAGUGACAGCGCUCCUGUGUCCGUGGAUCUGCUGCGGAUACCUGCUCACAGAGGUGCCUGCCAUCUCCAGCUGCUCCA